AUCUUUAGUAACCUCACUUCACAGUGGCUUGUGUUCCUAUGGAUGGGAUGUUACUGUAAGUAUGGCGGCACCCAUACUUAGGUGGAAAAAAGUGUCAGAUUCAACGGGCCCUCAACCCAGACCUCGACAUGGACAUAGGGCAGUUGCUAUUAAAGAACUUAUGGUCGUUUUUGGAGGUGGAAAUGAAGGGAUUGUUGAUGAAUUACACGUCUACAACACAGCUACUAAUAAGUGGUUUAUUCCGGCUCUUAAAGGUGACAUCCCUCCUGGAUGUGCUGCUUAUGGAUUUGUUGUUGACAACACUAGAAUCUUAGUUUUUGGUGGAAUGGUGGAGUAUGGCAACUACUCUAAUGAACUUUAUGAGCUACAGGCUAGCAGAUGGGAAUGGAAACGCCUACGGCCGAGGCCACCUCAAAAUCAUCCACCUCCAUGUCCUAGACUUGGACACAGUUUUACAUUGAUUGGGAAUAAGGUUUAUUUAUUUGGAGGUUUAGCGAGUGAUAAUGAUGAUGCAAAGGCGAAUCCUCAAAAUCCUGUUUCAGUACUACGCUAUUUGAAUGAUCUUUACAUGUUGGAAUUACGUUCUAACAACUCUACUGUAUGGGAAAAACCGAUUAUUUAUGGUACUUCCCCUCCUCCCAGAGAGUCACAUACUGCAGUCGCUCAUACAGAUUCCAAAGGCAAUUCUCGAUUAAUAAUAUAUGGCGGAAUGUCUGGAUGCCGUUUGGGAGAUUUAUGGAUCCUUGAUAUAGGUUCAAUGACAUGGAGUGAGCCAGUGGUUGGUGGUCCUCAGCCAUUACCUAGAUCACUGCAUACUGCUACAGUUGUAGGAGAAAAAAUGUAUGUGUUUGGAGGCUGGGUUCCUAUGGUAUUAGAUGAUGUUAAAGUAGCUACUCAUGAAAAAGAAUGGAAAUGUACUAAUCAAUUGGCUUGCUUGAAUUUAGACACCAUGAUUUGGGAAGAUCUUUCUAUGGAUUCAUCUGAAGAGAAUAUGCCUAGAGCUAGAGCUGGUCAUUGUGCAGUUGGUGUAAAUGGAAGAAUUUAUAUUUGGUCUGGCCGUGAUGGAUAUCGAAAGGCCUGGAACAAUCAGGUAGCAGUUUGCUGUAAGGAUUUGUGGUAUUUAGAAGUUGAUCGACCUAGUCCUAUGGGGAGAGUGCAGCUUGUCAAAGCAGCAACUGCUGCUUUAGAAGUAUGCUGGCCUGCUGUGCCUUCAGCUGAGUGCUAUUUAUUACAAGUGCAGAAAUAUGAUGUACCUCCAGCACCUUAUUCAGCUCCCACACCAACUAAGGUGCAGGUGACCAAAGUAGCUACUCCAUAUAAACCUUCUCUAACAACUGCAGGUAGUCGUGUUUCUCGGCCCUUAGUAAGGCCUGUUAUUAGACCUGUUAUAAGGCCAGUUCUUAGACCAGUUGGGAAGGCAGUUUCAGGAGGAGGUAUUCAGACUCCAGAACAACCACCUGCAGUUGCUACAGCUAUCAGUUCUCCAACUAUUAUACCAGUGAUCACUACCAAUACUGCAACCCAGGGUCAACCUGUAAAAAACACUACUACUGCAAAUGUUUUGAAACCAACCUCAAACCAAAAAUCACAGAUCUUGGUUCAAAAACCUGUAUCUCAAGGUCCUCCUCAAAUAGUCACUCUGUUGAAAACAAGCCAAGGAAUGACAGUUACGAUGCCAAAAGUUAGCCUUAUCCAGGGUAAAAGUGGUUCAAAUACAUCUUCAAAUGUUAAAACUGGAAUCCCCCAAGGUGCUACAAUUGUUAAGCUUGUUAGUGCUUCUACUAAUCAAGUUGGAAAUACUACAAAAGUUUUAACAACCAUGAAGACAGUUCCCUCUAAUAUGGUUACUGUUAAUAAAGGUUCGACUACUGGUUCUAAGCAGCAAACUAUAAUUAUCAAUAAACCAGGUAUAAGAAUGCCUUCAGGGCAGCAGUUUAUUGUCAUGACAACUGGAUCUACAAUUAAGCCGGUUUCUACAUUAACUACUGCACAAAGUUCUACUGAUAAAGGGAGUGCUUCUGUUAGAAUGCUUAUGAUGAAUCCUAAUUCCACAAAUUCCACCAUUGCUAAGCCAAUUACAAUUACAGUACCUGGUUCUGGAGGUUCUAAAACUCUUACAAUAACUGGCAAAACAUCUCUAGGCUCAGCAUCACAUAUUCUACAGCAGGCUAAUGCUCAAGGGCUGAAAAACUUAAGAGUACAGAUGGGUGAAAAAACAAUGACGUUGGUGUCUAAUAAUUCAACUCUUUGGGGAGGGACAGGCGAUGUCUCUAGUAAUGGAUCUAAUACUAAUAAUAAUCGGGUUGUAUUGCUUCCAUCGAAGCCUCAGCCUACGGCAACAAUUAGUAGUUCAACUGUGGGCCCUGCUUCUGAUGCAGCCUUAACAGCUUUGGCUGCUGAGGCAGGAUUAAUUGAUUCUCCAGUUGAUUUGAAUGUUAGAAAAAAAGACUCCGAAGACAACGGUAAUUAUUUAAACAAGGAAGUUACCGAGACAUCUGAUGUUAUGGAUCUUGCCAAGGAAUUGCAGCAGUUAAAAGAAGAUUCAAGAGACUUGCCAGAUCUGGAAUCUGUUAGAUGUGAUUCUGAUAUAGAACCCAAAUUGGUAGUCAAUUCUAGCUCUCCUUGUAUCCCACAUACUACAGAUCAGCUCUCUGAUGAUAUGGUUGGUUCACCACCGCCCGAUACUGCUGAUAUUUUGUCCAAUUCAUUACUAAUGGAUGCUAGUUCAAUUGCUGAUGAAGGGGAUGGUAGUAUGUAUACUAAAAAUGAUGAGACGAGUUAUAAUAAAAGUGAGGAAACUAAUUAUCCUAAAAACGAAAAUCCAGUCUACUCAAGAACCGAUUUGUCCUAUUGUUCAAGAUCAGAUGAUGCAUUAUUAUCUUCACAAAGGGACAAGGAAAUUUUGGGAGAGACAACCGAGGGGCUGACUACUCUUGCUACUGCUGAUGGUCUUACUACUUUGGCCACUGCAGCUUUAACUACUAACAUAUUUCCACAAUUACCAUCUAAAGAGGGAGAAAAAAUGGACAGUGAUAAAGAUUCUCCACCAUCUUCUCCUAGAAGCACUUCUUUAAAUACUGAAGAUGAAUUGUCUAAACUUAUUCAUCCAGAAAUAAAACCUGAAAUUAAAAAUCUAAAACCUGCUUGCAGUGAUAAAAAUGAGGCCUUAGCAAAUGCCAGGACUCCUGGUUUACCUGCAGCACCUUCAUCUAUAAAAAUAUCCAAGUCACCUGAGGGAGCUCAUAUUAGUUGGGCACCUCCUUUAAGUGAAGGUGGGGCUAUCACUGCCUACUCCGUUUGUCUUGCAGUCCGAAACACAGCUCCAUCAUCAUUGGGUUUUGUCCGUGUCUAUUUGGGACCAAAGACACAAGCUAUUAUUCCAAAUUCAGCACUUGAAGAAGCAAGAAUAGAUACCUCCACCAAGCCUGCUAUUAUAUUUAGAAUAGCUGCUCGAAACCAGCUUGGUUUUGGACCAGCCACACAAGUGAGGUGGUUACAAGAUUACACACCAAGAGGACUAGGAAAGAACAGUUCUUCAAUGCUGUCAAAUCCUCCUUCUCCAGCCAAGAGAUUAAAACUUGAGAGUGACUUAUAGAAUAAUUUUUGCUGAAAUUAUGUAUAAAAUAUUAAAUUAUGUACUGUGAAGGACAAAUUUUGUACCUAUGUACAAAUUUAUAUCUGAAGAUUAAAAUUGAACACAGUUAGAUUGUUUUAGAAUAGCUAUCUAUUUAUACAAUCGUUUAAGCAAGUAUUCUUGUAUAUGAAUUGAUUAUUUUUAUUAUCAAUCUAAAGUUUGCGAGUUUAUGCAUUUUGUUAAUAUUUUGUGUUCUUUUAUAUUUUAUUUAUUUUAAAGUUUGAAAACAUCCUUCUUUCUGGAAAAAAAAGGUUUGUCAUUUUCAAAAUUGUUUAAAAUUUUAUUUAUCCCUCCCCUCACCAUUUUUAGUAUUUGUAUAUGCCUGUUUUGUGUUUCGUUUGUUAAAAUUUAUGUUUAUUUUUAGAUUUUUAUUAUAAUUUUACAAUAUUAACCCUCCAAGGACAGUUUUUUUUUAAUAUGAAAACAGAUACUUUAGAUAAGCUUUUACUUAUUUCCAGAAUGAACUAAAAAAAAUAAUGAAGAAGUUUCCCACUUGUUUGGGUGGAGGGGGGAGGAUGGAAGAAACAGGGUGUGAUUUAGAUGUCACCAUGUUCAUCUCUAGAUAGGGCUAAGUAGGAAAUUAGGAAAAAAUAUUUCAAACUAUUUUAAAUAUGAUUUAAUGUUUUUUUAACAUCAGAAACAUCCAAAACUUUUUGAUGGACCAUAAAAUAUUAAUAAGAGUCAGUGAUAAUGAUAUAAAUUGUGAAAAGCAAAUCUGAUAAAGUUUGUGGUAUUUUAGAUAUAGUGACCAAUGUCAUAUUUCUUUCACUUUGCUCCCACCACACUGAAACACCUUAUAAUCUCAUAUCUUUUAUAUUUAACUUCACACAAUAGAGUUCAAUUUGAUUGUAUCUAAUGCUAUAUAACUCCUGAGAUCUUUUGAUAGUCUGUGCCCUUUUGUCAAUUUUAGUAGUACUCUGUAGAUAAUGCCAUAUAGUGAAAUAACCCUAACAUUUUCAAAUAUGUUAUGAUUAUUUCACUUAUUGCUUUAUUGCUUUUUGGCCAGAUAUUUUGUGCACUAGCCAUGCAUUAUGAAUUGCGAUAGCAAUCAACCCUAAUGGCCUAUGUGAGAUGAGUAUGAGAUAAUGGUUACGCUUGAAAUAUGGUUGAAUUAGAUCAUUGACAAAUCUUUUGAUUUCAUUUAAAAUUUUUUAUACAUUUAUAGAAAUUAUUUAAAUUUGUGGAUAAUCUGAAAAACAAAAAAACGAAACUGAACCAUUAUAAUUAUCAUAGGAGUUAAUUUACUUUCUAUAAUUCAUGAUCCAUGGGAUUAGUACUACAACAUUCUAGUAAACACACUAUAAACAAUAUAAUACCCAGGUGAAGUAACUAAUGAAUUAACAGUCGCUGUUUCUGGUUAUUGCCUGUAAGUUGGAAGGCACAAAAGUACUUGAAAUGCUCUGUAAGUGGAAGCUGUCAUAAUUUAAAAUGAAGAUUACAUUACAUAUUAGUCCUGAGAGGGUUAAUGGUUAUUGUGUUGUCUAUUUUGACAUUUCAUAAUAUAUUAUAAACAAAUUGAUUUUCUUUGACUGAAGAAUUAUUUUAAAUUUCAUCACAUAUAAUUUAGAUUAUUGAUUAUACUUGUUGUUGAGUGUGGACAAGUGGAUUAUUCAAGAUAAAUAUUUUAAAUUAGAUCCUAAAUUUUACCAUUUUUUAUAUUAAUAAUUAACCCUAAAUUAAACAGCUCCAAAUUCAAUGUCCAUGAUGUUACAAUUGAUAAAUAAAUAUCAGUAGAGCAAAACAAGUUUAAUUUGAUUUUGUUAUUUAAGUAAAUACAUUCAAAGAAGUCACAUGUUAGAAGUUUUUUUCCUGUAAUCAUGACCUCACUAUAGUUGACUUCUGACAGAUAUUUUAAAAUGUCUUCAUAUAGUGAAAUUACUAAUGUUUUUUCUCCAGAAAUCAUGGGUUAAAUAUUAAUGUUAGUUUAAUUUUUAGUAAUCCCAUAUUUUUGUAUUUAAAUUGUAUAUACUGCUAAGUGCAAUUCUAUUUACAAAGUAUAUAGUCAUACAUAUCUUGUGUAUAUCUUGAUUUAUCUGAUUUUUUUUUUAUUUGCUGUUACUGUUUGAUCAUAUGAUUAACCAAAUUAUUUUACCUUGUGCUUUUUCUUUUCUGAUCACCAUUUACUUGCUUUUAGUUCUUGACAUUUUUAAAAAUGUAUUUUUUUUUAUUUAUAUUGAUUAUUAUAAAGGCGUUUUUGUAAUAUUUUAUACACACACACACAAACGCUAACAAAGCAAAAAACAACAAUCUCAUACAAACAUUUGUAAAUUUAAAAUAAAAACAACAUUGUAAAACUAUAUUGAGAAAUGAAAGAGUUGGUUUAUUUUAAGUUCUAGUUUAGAAUAAUAUAUAUUACUUUUCUUUAGUUGUAAAUGUUUUAAAAAUGUGAUCUACUGUACGUAAAAAUAUUUUUAUUUUAAAAAAAUGUCAGCAAAUGAAGCCUGCAAAACUAUUUUUAAUAACUUUUAAAUUAAACAUUUUUAAGAGAUAAAAAAGUGAAGUGAAUAUAGACAUUUCUAAAACCUUCCCUAGUUAUUUUAAAACUUUGAACUCCUUUGUACCAAAGAAAUAGUAUUAUCACCCUGUUGUAAAUACUGUUAUCAAAACAAGUGAAUAAGACAUUUGUCAAUGUUAAUAUUUUUAUUGAGAAAAGCUCUUAUGUUGAGAGGAAAUCAUUGUAUAGAAUAUUUAAAAUUAUUAUUUUUGAUAAAUGUAAAUGUUACCUUGUGAAAAAUUCAGGUUUUAGGUUUUUUUUUUAACUUGUAUAUAUUGAGACUAACAUAUGAAAACUGUUUUUCCAGUCCAAAUUUGGUUCAGGGGAAUUUUCUUUGGCUUAUCCCGGUAACUAUUGUUCCUAGAAAAAUGCUUGUUCAUUACAUUCUUCAAGAUGAUAAAAUUCUCUGUAUCUUUCAUCUUUUUAACGUUUUUACAUAUCCAAUAAUAAAUACAAUACAUCAUUUCAAAUAUGAAGUAAUUUUUCUAACUUACAUUAAAUCUGUGAAAGAUGUUUGAUAGCAAUUGUUCCUACAUUCCUCUAAAUCUAUAAUUUAGAUGUAACAUUUCAUUAGAAGUUAUUUUCAAUCUCUUGCCCUCUUCUUCAUCGUAAAAAAAGUUUGUUAGGUGAGCUAAUGAUUAGGUUAAUAGUAAGUAUACAAAAUAAGAAAUACAAAGUUUUAUUGUUAUGGUUAAAAUUAUGAAGUACUCAUAUAAGUAAGGCACUUAAUAAAAAUAAGGUGCAAGUUCAACAAAAAUCUGUAUUUUAUAUAAAUUGUUAUAAACCAACUUAAAGGUUGUCUCAGAUCGAAAUUAUUAUGGCUGGAAUAUUUAACAAAAAUGUAUUUUAACACUGGCUACCGCACAUGCAGUUAUCAAACCAUUGUUGAGAUGUGGUAUUUUAGAGGUUCCCCAAAAAAAUAUAUUUAUUAUCUGAUUAAUUAUCCUUUGAUCUACCAACCUAGGAGUGCCCACAAGGGGGUUUCAUGUGUGCAAGUUGCACCAACAAAAUUUUUGAGGGGGUACAUUUUGAUGUGGUUUUGAAUAUUUGAGAGGAGAACAUUUCAAGGGGUUUAUAAAUUUUCGGAUUGAAAAGCUUCAAAUCAGUGGACAAGAGAAAAGUAUAGUACAGACCACUGAAAGUGUAAUUGUAUAAGAACUAUGAUUUUUAAAAUUUGAUCUUAGCUUGCACUGUUUUUAAGAAGAGAAUUGAACUAAAAUAUCUCAGGAGGAAGGGUUGGAGGAUCAUGCGCCAUGGACCUUGGGGGUGAUGGGCACCCCUGUAACAACUUGUCGAGAGGCAUUAACUUAUUAUCAAGAUAUCUAUUUAAAAAAAAAAGAAGCCAAAUAGAUUAUUAACAAGUAGUAAUUAUUGAUUAUGUAGUUACAGUUCAUAAUAUAGAUUCCUUUAUUAAAUAAUAUUAUAUUCUGUCACAUUCAAGGACAUCAAUAAUAGUGAUAGAGCUCAUUCACUUUCUAUGUACAAUAGAUAAAAGUAGAUUAAACAGCAAAAAUCAUAAUAAAAGUAAAUGUUUAUAAACAAAAGAAACUAAAUUAAUCAAGAUAACAACUUAAAUGAAUACAUAACUUUAUACAAUAUAUGUAAAAUUAAUCCACUCAGAACUCCAAACUAAGCCUUUCUCCCACUCGUGGAAGGAAAGGCAGGACUCUGGGAGAAUCCAGCGCCUCUCACUCAGCCGCAUUAGAAUAGAAUAGAAAAGUAA